CGGGCUUCGGGGCCGAAGGGUCUUGAGGUGGUUUUUUCCUGCCAUAGAAGGUAUCGGAUGGAUGUGAAGCGAGUUUGGAACAUAUGGUAGAAAAGUUUCGUUAGAAUGAAUGGAGCAGCUUACUCUGCCUUUGAUAACAAAGAGCAUGUUCUGAAAUUAGGCGAAACAUUUGAAAAACAACCCAAAUGCGCAUUCCAUACUGUGCGAUAUGACUUUAAACCCGCUUCCAUCGACACGACCUGCCAAGGCGAGCUCGAGGUGGGCAAGGGCGAGCAGGUGACGAUAACUCUGCCAAACAUUGAGGGGUCAACGGCCCCUGUGACAGUAUUCAAAGGUUCGAAGAGGCCCUAUAUGAAAGAAUGCAUCCUCAUUAUGAACCACGACACUGGAGAAUAUCGCCUGGAGAAGCUGAGCAGCAACAUAGCCGUCAAAAAAACUAGGGCCGAGGGCAGCAGCAGGAUCCAGUCCCGGCUGGAGCAGCAGACCAGCCGGCUCAGGAACGGCAGCAGCGGCAGUGGCAAGACCCCUGCGGCCUCGAAGAGCCCCCCUCCCAAAGACAAGCUGUCGCCUGCCUCUCCCAUGGAUGACAUCGAGAGAGAGCUGAUGGCUGAGGCGCGGGUCAUGGAGCAGAUGAGCAGCGGGGACAGCUCCUCGGACUCCAAGAGCUCCUCCUCGAGCAGCGACGACAGCUCCAGCAGCAGCGACUCCGAGGACGAGGGGCGGGGGCCGGCCGCGCCCUUGCCCCCGGUCCCACACGGCGCGCCCGCCCCGCCGGCCCCCAGCAGCCGGCCCGAGGAGAGCAGGGGGCACUUCAUGAGCACUCUCAAGAACGACCUGCAACUCAGCGAGUCUGGAAGUGAAAGUGAUGAAGACUGAAGUAAGAAUGGACAGCUGUGCGUGUUCAGGGAUUUUAAACUCUCCACAGAUACCGAGAAAUCGAUUGAAGCACAAGUCCUGGGAGAACUGUGGGAAGAGUUGUUUUUUUUUUUUUCUUCCACCCUUUCAUUUGCCCUCUAAGUAAAGCUGCAGAACUCGGGAAGAGUGGGGCCUUUAAUGGCCUGGUGUUAAACAGCAUGUUUGGCCGAAUGUCACUCACUCACUCUGCCACGUUCUGAUGAACGUUUCGAUAAGUUUUGAUCACGGUCUUUAGAUUACUCAGUUUUAUUUAAAUAUCGGUUUAUCAAAAGACUUUUCUUGGGGCAGGGUAGUGCAUUUGUCCAUUUGAGUCUGCACAUAAUUUAUUUUGAAUACGAUGGUAUUCUUUAUUUUAAGAUAGCAUCUUUCAUGUAAAAGAGCUUAACAAAAAAUAAAAAUAAGAGGAAUAACACCCUUUGGCUCUGUACAGUUAAAUUGCAGGUGAUGAUGGCAGGCGUUUGACUGACUAUCAAAGAAUAGGGUGUUGCUUUAUUGCCUUCUGUCUGGUUUGUGUUAAUGACAUCUAGACAGCAGAACAUUGCUUGGAAAAUGUCACGGCUGUCCUCAAUUCCAGACAUUGUUUCAGGAUUUUAUUUUCUACUCUAACAUAUCCAAUACAAACUUAAAAAAAAAAAGCCAAUGCACUACUUCUUGAAGAUUGUGGAUUUUGUUUUUUAGUAAUAAAACAAACUCCACUCUCUGGGACUUGAUCCACCUAUUAUGACUGCUUUAUUUUUGGGCUUCUUGAAACCUGUGAUACUUGAAUUUCUCUCCUGUUACAACUGCUUGUAUCAAGUAUUUACUUUUACGUGAUUUGAGAUCAACAAACCCCCCAGCCUUCGCAGAUGAUAAAAAAAUGAAGACAUAAGCGCCAACUGCAGCUGAAGGAACAUUGAUAUCCAAAACAGAAGACAAGCAAAAUGAAGGAAGAAAUAUUCUGUUAAUAUGUCUGUUCUGUUAAGAUUUAAAAAAAAAAACCACCACAUCCUUAGCCAAAUACCUGCAGAGUUUUUCUGAAGGCUGCACGUACCCUGUUGCUGCUGCAGGUUUUUUUGUGUGAUGAGGCUUAGUUCACGGUGCUGGUUGCUAAUGCAGAACUGUAGAAAACCUGUAAUCAGCCACAGGAAUGUGAGAAACGCAGAGUAAGGACAGGAGACCAGCCUGGCCAAACGAACCCCUUCGUCUAUGUAAAGUGUUCUGCCAAAGAAUAAAGAUUUUAAAACCUCA